AUGAGUACUGCAAUCGAUACGUUCAUUUAUCUUCAACGAGAUAUUGAACAAGCGUUUCAACGUGUUCAAAAUAUCUAUAAUUCAUCCUAUUAUGAUCAACAAGAACUUAAUCAAAUCUUUAAUCAUAUAUCAUGUACACUUGACGAUUUACACAAAGUAAAUCAAUUAAUCGAUUCAAAAUCUAGCCUUGAAAAUCAUGCUGUAAAUAUCACAUCUAAUCGAAGUUCUCCUCAUUUAUUAAAUUUAUCAGAAAAUGAAAAUAGUUUCAAUGAAGAAAAUACGAAAUUUAUACAACAAAAACCCAAUACUCAAAUAUCUAUUAAAGAUCCAACACAAAAAAAUUUUACAGUUAGUUAUACAAAAGAAAACGAAGAACCAUUAUUAUCUUCUAAUUCAAACAUAAUUAAUACUGCAACAGUUCUUUUACCAUCAUCUGAUGAACGUGAAGAUUUUAUUCAACGUAUGAAAUUACAAUAUGAUUAUUAUACAAAUAAAAUUCAACCAAUAAAAAAAGAAAGUCAAAUGGAAAUAAUUCAUCUUGAUCAAGCACUAGAUGAUGAAAAAAAUGAAGAUCAUAUUAUUCGUAAACAAGAUGAACAUCUUGAAGAUAUUCAUCAUUCAAUAAUAUCAUUAAAAAAGUUAACACAAAAUAUUAAUUUUGAAAUUGAUGAUCAUAUACGUGUUUUGGAUAAUCUUGAAACAGGUAUGGUAAAUAGUCAAAGUCAUGUAGAAAGUCUAACAAAUCAAACAAAAACUUUUAUUCGAACAUCAACGAAUGGUGUCGGGGGGCAUACAUGUUUAUUUGCUAUUGCUGUUAUUCUUUUUUUCUUAAUUGUUAUUUUAAUUAUUUUCUUCUAA